UCCAUGGCUGCAGCCUGUAAAGGCAAUAAGCCCAGAGUCUGGAGUAUCCCCAUUGCGGCAGGCCAUGAUGCAGAGGGUUCCCAGAGCCACCUUCACUUCGAUGAGAAGCUACAUGACUCAGUGGUUAUGGUUGCAAAGGAGAGUGACAGCAGCUAUCUGGUCGAGGUUGGCUUCCUGAAGAUCUUGCACAGAUAUGAGAUUCCCUUCACUCUGCCCCCAGUGCACAGGUUGAGCAAGGACAUAGAUAAGGCACCUGUCCACAGCCUGCACCUCAAGCUUCUCAGUGUCUUGCCCAUCCCUGAAGGUUACGGCAUCAAGGAAGGUGUCCUCAAAGAGGAGAUGCUACUGGCCUGUGAGGGUGGUACCGGCACCUGGGUACGCGUGACAGUACAGGCUCAUGUCAUGGACUGGCACCAUGGCACACCCAUGCUGCUAGAUGGUGUCAAGUGCGUGGGCGCUGAGCUGGAGUACCACUCAGAGCACAGUGACUGGCGUGGUUUCGACUGA